CGGGCCGCGCACCGCGUUCGCCUGUGCUACCGGGACGAGGCCUAUCGCCAGCGCACCGAGGCGCGCACCAAGUGUCUCAUCGCGGACGCGACGUCCCCCACGAGCUCCAGCACGAGCGUGCUGCUGGCCAAGAAGGCGCUCAAGUACCGCAAGGUCUACGACCGCAUGACGGGCGUGGACGUGAACGACCCCAACUUCAACGUGUUCGAGUUCCUGGGCGUCGACUGGUGCAAGACACCGUCCGUCGAGACCUCGAGCCACGUA